CCUACUUUGGUAGUAUUAUUUAACCAAUUAUUUCUUAUCCCACGAGCCGACAACUUGAUUCAAAAUGACAACCUCUGGUCCAUGUACAGAAUUUCCAGCUCCAGGUCUUAGGGACCCAUUCCGCUUCAUCACCGGACAUAAUGAUAAGGGUGAUCCGGUCUUCCUUCAGACGGACCAUGGAGACCACCGCGAUAUUAUGCUUGGUGGUGCUGCUGCCCAAAACAUUAUGUAUAGCAGCAGAGGCAAUCCGACCGAACUUACUGGGGAUGCUGAUCUUGAAUACGCAAAGAAUAAUAGGCCCUCCCUCCAUAUUCCUAGCGGAUGUGUGGUACGGAUGAUCGACUUUGCUCCCGGCACUGAGUCUAACUUGCAUCGUGCCCUAACUCUUGGCAUCGGGACUGUUUGCGAAGGCGAAGUUGAGCUAACCUUGAGUGAUGAUCGGAGCAUGAAUCGGGUUCUUCGUCCUGGUGAUGUAUGUAUCAAUCGCGGGGCUAUGCAUCGUUGGCGUAACACAUCCAACGAGAAACCGGCUCGUAUGCUUUUUGUUAUGUUGGAUGUUAAACCCAUCAUAGUCAACGGGAAAGCGUUGGAAUUUGAUAUGGGGUACCUCAUGAAGGAAUAUGCUGAGUAUUCGGAAGGCGAAGGUCCAGAUAAAAAGGCAUAA